ACUGGCGGGCGGGAUCCCUCCGCUCUGGGGAGAGCAGCGCUGGACGGUUGAGUUGGGGUGACUGAGGAAAUCCAUCCGCGUCGCCGCCGCUGCCGCCUCCGCCGCGGAGGAAGACAGGACCUCCCGGCUGCUCUAGCGACCCUUCGCAGAGUCCCACCGCCACAGGCCUCGGGCCAGCGGCGAGGAGCUGUCUCCCCCAGCCCCCGUCCCGCGGCCCCCAGCCGCCCCCAACCCCGCCCCACGGGCCCGGCGCCAUGAGUGAGCUGGAGCAACUGAGACAGGAGGCUGAGCAGCUCCGGAACCAGAUCCGGGAUGCCCGAAAAGCAUGUGGGGAUUCAACACUGACCCAGAUCACAGCUGGGCUGGACCCAGUGGGGAGAAUUCAGAUGAGGACGCGGAGGACCCUCCGCGGGCACCUGGCAAAAAUCUAUGCCAUGCACUGGGGGACAGAUUCAAGGCUGCUGGUCAGCGCCUCCCAGGACGGGAAGCUCAUCAUCUGGGACAGCUAUACCACCAACAAGGUCCAUGCCAUCCCUCUGCGCUCCUCCUGGGUCAUGACCUGUGCCUACGCGCCCUCAGGGAACUUUGUGGCCUGUGGGGGGUUGGACAACAUCUGCUCCAUCUACAGCCUCAAGACCCGUGAGGGCAAUGUCAGGGUCAGCCGGGAGCUGCCUGGCCACACUGGGUACCUGUCGUGCUGCCGCUUCCUGGAUGACAACCAAAUCAUCACCAGCUCUGGGGACACGACCUGUGCCCUUUGGGACAUCGAGACAGGACAGCAGACGGUGGGUUUUGCCGGACACAGUGGAGAUGUGAUGUCCCUGUCACUGGCCCCUGAUGGCCGCACCUUUGUGUCAGGUGCCUGUGACGCCUCCAUCAAGCUGUGGGACGUUCGGGAUUCUAUGUGCCGACAGACCUUCAUUGGCCACGAAUCAGACAUCAAUGCCGUGGCUUUCUUCCCCAAUGGCUAUGCCUUCACCACGGGCUCUGAUGAUGCCACGUGCCGCCUCUUUGACCUGCGGGCCGACCAGGAGCUCCUCAUGUACUCCCACGACAAUAUCAUCUGCGGCAUCACCUCUGUUGCCUUCUCCCGCAGCGGCCGGCUGCUGCUCGCUGGCUACGACGACUUCAACUGCAACAUCUGGGAUGCCAUGAAGGGUGAUCGUGCAGGUGUCCUUGCUGGCCACGACAACCGCGUGAGCUGCCUUGGAGUCACUGAUGAUGGCAUGGCUGUGGCCACAGGCUCCUGGGACUCCUUCCUCAAGAUCUGGAACUAACAGCUGCCACCCCACUGAGCCCAGGCCAGGAGGGGCCCUGCCCAUGCCCACACUACAGACCGGGAGCUUUGGGGCUGGGUGCACACCAAGCCCCCCUCCCUGGGCCACCGGGCCUUGGGUCCCUGCUCCCCUACCCAGGUUUGGUUCCUCCCGGGGGCCCCCACUGUGGAGAUGAAGAUGGGAUAGAAUGGGGGGAGAGGAGGGGCAGAAAGCCCUCAUCCUUUUGCUGCCCUGGGGUUGGGGCCUCAUCCCUCUGGAGGGCCAGAGGCAGGAGGUAGAAACUCCAGGGGCUGGCUUUUUUAAAACUGGUUUUAUUUUAAUUUUUAUUAUAUUUUCAGUUUUUCCAUAAAGGAACCAAUUCCAACUCUGUA